AGUAACAAUCGGGAAGGUUGUAUCAGUUGACAGUGAUGAACUUUGCCGUCUGCUGGUCGUUUCUUGUCGUCUGGAGACAGUGCGAUUAGCAUUCGACCAAUUCAGUCAAAAGCUGUCGAGGGUGAAAGCAGGGCCGGCUCCGCCUCCAAGACGUGUCCGACGCGUGGCCUUCUAUCUUUCAGAUGCUUUCAUCCUCCCCAGGAAUGGUUAUCGACUUGAUCAGAGAUUUUUUAUUAUUAAAGGCUGAAUGUUUUGAGGGUCCUAGUGGCUAUCCGAAGCGUGCUAGCACUGUGAAACUUCAAGAAAUAUUUAACAAACAUGCACAUGUUAAAAAAAAUGGAGAGUUGUAUAUGAGCAGUAGUGAUUUCAUCCGAGGAUUCUUAGGUCUCCUUUCUCAUGAAAAUUACAAUGAACAGUCUCUCAAAUUGCUUGCUGGAAUCGUCGACACGAGCAAGGAUGGGCUCAUAUCGUUUGCAGAGUUUCAAGCCUUUGAAGGCCUCCUGUGUGUCCCUGAUGCGCUCUACAGGACUGCAUUUCAGCUGUUUGACACUACCGGAAAAGGGAUGAUCUCCUUCAAUGAAUUCUGUGAGGUCAUCUCUAACACUGAAUUAAACCAGAGAUUGUCUUUUGAUAUGGACAAUACAUUUAUGAAGUUGUAUUUUGGAAAAGAGAAGAAACGCGUCAUCAACUACUCUGAGUUCAGCCAGUUUUUACAUGACUUCCAUGAAGAAUGCGGUACCCAGGCAUUUCAAAAAUGUGAUAAAGAGGGUUGUGGCUUUAUAUCGGCCCUCGACUUCCAAGAUAUUAUGAUCAACAUAAAGAACCACCUACUCACCAAGCAAGUUCAGGACAAUUUAGUUGCUGCAGCAGGAGAACAUGGUGGUCACCGAGUGAGUUUUCCGUACUUCAUGGCCUUUAACUCCCUCCUCAGUAACAUGGAAUUGGUUAAAAGAAUCUAUUUGAAUGCAACAAACGGAAGUCGUACGCAAGAAUUGACAAAAGAGGAAUUUUUAUACUCGGCUCAGAUGAUGUCUCAAAUCACCCCCCUUGAAGUGGAUAUUCUUUUCAACCUGUGUCAUCUCAUCCAUCAAAGAGGGCGAAUAGUUUACAAUGAUUUACAAUCGAUAGCACCUGAACAGUACUACAGACAGUUAAAUAACAGACUAGCAGAAAUCCAUGCUGUUUCAGGCCCGGAAGAUAGAGGAUUUUUCAUUCAAGUGUUGGAAAGCACAUACCGAUUUACACUUGGUGCAGUCGCAGGGGCUGUUGGUGCCACUGCUGUAUAUCCGAUUGAUCUUGUUAAAACGCGAAUGCAGAAUCAGAGAACAGGCUCGUUUAUUGGUGAAGUAAUGUACAGGAACAGUUGGGACUGUUUCAAGAAGGUUGUUCGGCACGAAGGCCCGCUUGGACUCUACAGAGGCCUCCUUCCACAGCUUACCGGUGUUGCGCCAGAGAAAGCGAUCAAGCUAACAGUUAACGAUUUUGUCCGUGACAAAUUAAUGGACUCGAGUGGUAAUAUCAAAUGGUAUUGCGAAGUACUGGCUGGCGCUUGUGCGGGAGGUUCUCAAGUGAUAUUCACAAAUCCGUUAGAAAUUGUUAAAAUUAGAUUGCAAGUUGCUGGCGAAAUUGCAACUGGUGAGAAAGUAAGAGCUCUGUCUGUGAUAAAAAAUCUCGGCUUGUUUGGACUUUACAAAGGCGCAAGGGCUUGCCUUCUGCGUGACAUACCAUUCUCUUCCAUAUAUUUUCCCGUGUAUGCACACACGAAGGCAUCACUAGCAGACGAGAACGGCUAUAAUAGUCCGCUCACUCUGUUUUUGUCUGGUAUCAUAGCCGGUAUUCCAGCUUCAUCUUUGGUCACUCCUGCUGACGUGAUCAAGACGAGGUUGCAGGUCAUUGCUAGGCAAGGGCAGACUACUUAUUCUGGACUACUUGAUGCUGCUCGUAAAAUUUACGCAGAAGAAGGCGCAAGAGCAUUCUGGAAAGGGACAGCAGCCCGUGUCUUAAGGUCAUCGCCGCAGUUCGGAGUGACCCUGGUGACCUAUGAGCUCUUACAGAGGGCCUUCUAUGUGGACUUUGGCGGAACGCGGCCUAGCGGAUCUGACCACACAGUGCCGACUGCCGGUGUGAUCGACAGCGAGAAGCCGACCAACCCCGAUCACAUCGGUGGCUACCAGGCUGCCAUCCCGAUUCUCGAGGGUAUCGAGACUAAGUUCGGCCUCUGUCUUCCAAAAUUCAGAAUGGCGACCGUUCAGCCUUGAUGCUCGACGCAGUUGAUAUCAAUUUUUUAUCGUUUAGUUUAUUCGGGAUCGACAUUUAAUGGCAAAUUGUUUAAAACCAGUUCACACAUUCAUACACGUGGCAACUUGCAACACAAAGUUUUUUCCCUUAAGCAUUUAUUUAGUCUUAUACAACUGAUAAUAAUCAGUACUUGCAGAAAAAAAACUAAGCAAUUUAUAUAUAUUAUUUAUGAACAAAUAAGUGUAAAACAGUUCAUUUAACAACGCUUGCAUUUGCAUUUUAAAACUUGUUAUUUAUGAUUUUCAUUCGGAAAAAUUAAUUGUUAACAUUUUCCUUAGCACUCUAUUAUCAUUCGCAUAGAGUUUAGGUAAAUAGGGCUAGAAAUUAAAAAAAAAAAUUAUUUCUAAAGGUUUAUGCUUCGGUUGUUAUAAAACAAAGCUUUUGUUAUAAAUGUGUAAAGCUAUAUAUAAAAAUAUAUAUUUAUAUUCAUAUGUUAUUUCUAUUAGUUCUUUUAUGAAAAGAAUAUCAUUCUAAUGAUCUUUUAAAGAUUGAUUUGUCUUUCAAAAAAAUUUCAACUUUUUAUAAUAUACCAAUUUGAAAGAAAAAGUCGUUUUAAUUAAAAAGAAAAAAUUAAAUUGUUAAUCUAUUUAAUCAAAGCAAAAUGUGAUUUGAAUAUACCAGAUACACUGGUCUAUUUGUGUUUAAUCAAUUGUUACAGGAAUCAACUUUAAAAUAAAACAAGACACUGUACACAAUUUGUUAUAAAUAAUUCCAUAACUUUUAUGCCUAAGCUGUAUUCUAAUUUUUUUGCACAUCAGUGUCAUUUUAAGUACAUCAAUUCUACAAGGUUUAAUUGCAAUGAGUUUUUCCCAUGCCAUCCUAAUGUGUUGCCUUUGUAUAUAUUAAAGUCUAUUUAUUAUUACAAGAACAAAAGUAUGUUUAACUGUUACAUAGAAAGUAACAAGAAAAUAAAGUCUUCUUAGGUAA